AUGUCAAAGCAGGUUGCCAUCACUGGGGGUUCUGGUAAUGUGGCUCAAGAGGUGGUAUAUGCAAUCUUGUCUCGGGGUAACUACAAAGUUGUAGUUCUGAGUCGAAGAGAUGCUGUAGACAGUGAGACGACACGCGUUGAAUGGAGAAAGGUCAAAUAUCACAGCCAUGCUUUACUCGUAGUAGCUCUUGACGGAAUCGAUACCUUGCUGUCUUUUGUAGCAACCGCUGACAUGGAGGCGGCCUUUGAGUUGCAAAAGGUGUUGAUCCACGCAGCUAUCGAAGCGAGCGUACAAAGGCGCUCGGAAAGUGGCAUUGCUCACUACGCAUACAAGGAUGAAACGCGCAAGUACCUCGAAGCAAUAAACAAAGAGCAAGAUCAAAUCGAAUAUUGCCUCUUCCAACCCGGCUUCUUCACCGAAUACUUCGCAGAACCAAACGCAACGGCCAGCCACCUUCAAAGCUUCAAGAUGUUUGCCGACUUUGAGUAUCGCCGGGCUAUCAUACUAGAGGGAGCGGAGGAUUCCCCACUCACACUCACGACGGUCGGAGAUAUGGCUAAGGUUGUGGCUCUUGCACUGGAUUACAGGGGCAGGUGGCCCACAACUGGAGGUAUACGGGGAACCCAGACAACGAUUUCCGGUUUUCUGAGACUUGCAGAACGCAUUCGAGGUCCUUUCCAGAUCGAACGACUGGUCCCGGAUGACGUUAACAAGGGGGAGCUGAAGGCGUCAUGGUAUCCCAUUAUUGAACAUAAAGCCCUUCCAGAUGUGUACAGGGAGAUGUUCUCGAAGAACGUAACGAGAGAAUAUGUCAAAUCUCUGGCCGCUGGUGGUUGA